GAUUGUCGUGCUUGAAGGCUCAUCAUCCAAACAGCAAUCAUCAAGCAAUCAAAAGCUUCCCAGCACAAUCCUACAAUCGAGUCACCGACUAUCCUCACAACCUACCAACCCGAAACCUACCAAACGUCAACAUGCCUCUUACAUCUUCUCGAACCCACCGCACUACUGCUCCCCACACCACGCGGACUACCCGCUCUUCCGCCCACCCAAGCCUCAAGAGCAAGCUUCUAGGCGGCGGCAAUCGACGCACCACUACCAAGCACAACCCCAUCACUGGUUCAACUACCACCACUACCACGACAACUAAGACCACGAGGUCAACUGGUGGCCAUCACACUACUGGGCGCACCACGGCCGCCCCGGUUCACCACCACAAACGCCAUGCCACCGUGGGCGACAAGGUCUCUGGUGCCCUCACCAAGCUGAAGGGCACCCUGACCGGCAGGCCUGGUGUGAAGGCUGCGGGUACCCGCCGCAUGCAUGGCACCGACGGCCGCAAUGCCCGCCGUGUCUACUAACCGCGCAACGAGUCAUGUUAACGAUACCCAUCAAGCGUUCCAUUUGCUGUACUAUUAUACCAUGAUGUUUUUCGGAGGAUUGUAGAAUAGCGAUAAUGCCCUAGCUCUUCGAUUCUCGAUAGUCAGGCGCCGUAAUUUAUGUUUACCUCUAAUUCUGCUGCUGUACCCAUCUGCUAACUAUGUUGUCAAUCUCACGUUCUUUGAUUUCCUGUGGAGUUUUGAAGAAAAAAACGAGGCAAAGAGAGCAGUCUGAAUUGCGACCAGGCCCAGAAACGUCGACUGAUUCCAAACAAUACUGCAGCAAGG